GACUGUCCUCCUAUUCACUGGGGGUCUGUCUUUUUCCUCUUCAAACAACAGAAUUCCACAUUUAAAUCGAUGGGUUUUUAAUUCGAUAUAGUAAUUAUUAUUAUUAUUAUUCUCGAUUAGAGGAAUUUUUGUAAUCUCGAAAUAACGGUUUCAUCAUCAAGGGAAUGCGUUAUCUAAUAAAAUUGACUGCUCUUAAAUAAUCGAUAAUGUUGUGAAUGCAAAUCAAAGUCAAAUUGUGAAUUCCAAUCAUCCGACAAUAGCUGUAAAAACCAUUGGGUUUGAGAGGCUUUAAUAAAAAUAAUAAUAACAAUCUUACGAAAGAUACUUUGACUUCGCGAAAAUUAAGAUGAGUCGAGAAUGUUAAAUAUAUUUAUAUCCAAAAAAAUUAAUGAAGCAUCAGUCAAUCGCGAUCAAUGAACGCGGGAUUGAAUUAAUCCUUCGGAAAAAUUUGCACUGAAAUCAGUGUUUCGCAUAAAAUACGAACAGUUGGCGAUAACAAUGCCCUCUUCAACAAAAUAAACUACCGUGUUCAAGUGCUUCAGAAACAGUUCAAAGGAAGAUUCAAUGUGUCUCUCUCUCGUAGGGAAAAAGAACCACUCGACCAUGAGGCAAUGCAGCGUAUACUACGGACAUACUGGCACACUACUGUCUCCACGUUACAUAAAUAACGUUAAUCGAUAUGGAAGUUCUAAUGAUGAUAAUGACCCUGGAAAUUUGGAAGGGGUCUACCUAAUCACCGAGCAAAGGUGGCACGGUGAUACUGUGCUGCCAGUAUCCCUGCUCCCGGUUACCGAGGGGAUGUCCGCUCGGUCUCAUCACAGAAUCCGGCAGUCCGCCACGGGACUGGAUGAUGCUGGAAUGGAUCUUCAAGCAGCACAGCUUAAUACACGAGCGAGUCAGGAGAUCAGCUCCACGGCAGCAGUAUCAUGGAUAGACUGGGACAUACCAUUUCCAGUGAUUGUCUGUGCUUUUGCUGGCGCUAUUCUCUUCACUUUCCUGCAGUUCCUGUUAUGGCUCCGGAAGCAAAUGUCGAGUGAAAAGAAGACAGGAGAUGGAGACAGACGAGGUCUGGUAGAGGAAGGAGCGCAAGUUACUCAGGCGCACGAUAAGCCAGGAAAGAGUACGCAGGAGAGGCCUAUGGAGGCACAAUGGGUACGACAGCCAAUUGUUAAGCCGCCUGUAUCCGUUCUACCCAUCCGGACAGCACCAGAAACCACCGGCGGUUUGCCACAGGUAAUGUCAGUGCCAGCUCGCGAGAGACGUCCCGAGCCAAUUCGUGUGAAAGCAAAAGGUCUCCUGGAGCGUCGUGGCUCAUCAGCAAGCCUGACAAUUGAAUUAGCCCCAGCACCAGACAGUCCACCGCACAUGGUGACCCCAACACGUGAAUGUACAUCAGAGGAGUUUCUCCUGAGUGCUGGUAAUGUUCUCUCUCGUGGUCAAUUACGUAAAGCAAUAAAAGAUCCCGCAUCACUGCACAAAGAAUUUUGGGAAGUGCCACUGAAUGUACCUGAGAAGGUGGAUAUUUUCGGGGCUGGAGUGAAGAAUCGUUAUUCAGGAGUUCUGCCGAAUCCUCAAUCACGAGUCGUUCUCCCAGGGGUAGAUGAUCCAGUGGGUAGCUACAUAAACGCCAAUUAUAUACGUGGUUUUGACGGUGAGGAGAACCGCUUUAUCGCCACACAGGGUCCCCUUCCCAACACAGUAACAGACUUCUGGAAGAUGAUUUGGAUGGACAGGGUUCAGGCCAUUGUCAUGAUGACGAGGCUUUACGAGGCUUCCAAGACAAAGUGCGACGUUUAUUUCCCCCUUGAGAUAAGCAGUCGUGUGCAGAGUGGUCCCUUCACAAUAAUCCUCAACUCUAUAAUCUCGAGAGGUGGUUUUACAAUUCGUGAUCUGGAAAUCAGACACGAGGGGGAUAGGAGACAGGUGACACAUUACUGGUAUGACUCGUGGCCAGAUCAUGCUGUACCACAGACUUCUGACUCACUCGUCAGUCUUGCUGCUGAGGUCAAUACACUGCCUGGACCAAUCGUGGUGCACUGCAGUGCUGGCAUUGGACGAACAGGAUGUUUCAUCGCUCUAGCCACAGGAAUCAUGCAAUUGAGCAGAGAUGGCAAUGUCGAUGUUUUGGGGAUUCUCUGUCAAAUGAGGUAUGACAGAGGAGGAAUGGUACAGACAGCUGAACAGUACGAGUUUGUACACAGAGCUUUAUGCCUCUUCGAGCAAACACUGGAUGGAAAAACUCCCACAACAGGCGAUUGAGUAAAAAAAAAAGACUCGAUACAUUGAAAUCUUCUAACUAAUAAAUCGGCCUCGUCGAUAACUAAAGCAUGAACUGCAGGUACGAACUUCGUUUCUAGCUCCUCGAUGUUAUUAGAAUGACGAUGACAUGGAAAAUAAACUUAAAACAAAUGUCAGGAACUUCGGUAUGAGUGUUUGAGACACCAAAUGUCUAGAGAUAAUGAAUAUAAUAACUUUCCGUUACCACGACUACUGAUGAAUUCAUUGUCGUGACAAACUGCCAUUCAACUGUACUGCCACCAAAUGUAUGAAUAAUGUAAAUAAUAUAACAGAGUAUAUAUUUAUCGUUGAUCGAUGGUGAAGUUGAUAAAGGCUCAAAUGAUUUUUUGGACUCGAAAUGUUUAACACAGGAACUAAUACAAUAUAAUAAAAUUUCGAAUUAUCUAUUCAAAAUGAGAUCUGAUACUUUACUUCAUAAAUUACAAUUUAUAUUGCAAAAAAAUUGAAAAAAAACUAGCCAUCGAUCGAUACAAAACCGAUAAUUCACAAAAUGGAUCAAUUAAAUUUUUUUUGGGACCCACUUAAGAAAACUAUCACUUCUGCACUGUGAAAAGAGAAUAUUUUGAUCGUCAGAAUUAAUCAUUUUAAAAUGUUGUUGACUGGAGUGAGCACUCCUCGUUCUAUUCAAUUGAAAAUCAAACUUUUCAAUAUUAGUAAUGUAACGUCAUCACUCGGACGCUUCAAAAGGGCAGAAAAUCGACAGACAUUCAUUAAGCUAUGUGUAAAUUAUCUUUAAUUAUUUUAUCGACAAAGACUGAAUGCGAUUAGUACAACAUACAUCUGAUCAAUCGUUGAGAAAUUUAUGAGUGUUGAAAUUGAUUGGAAUUUCGAAUGAAUCAGAGGUGGAGGUGAGCAGGGGAAAAUCCCUCUAUCUGUCGAAGAUAUUGAGAGAGACUUUUGAAUGAGAAAAAAAACAGAGACCUGCUUAAUAAGGCUAAAUAGAGGAAUUUAAAUCUCGGAGAUAAAUUUACAAUUAUAUUUUAAUUCACCUUCACGUGGGGCCGGAUCCUCCGUGUAAUUUUUUCAGAUUUACUCCUGUCACCAUUUAAGCAAUUUAAUUGUGGUUUUGUUAUCGUCUAAAGCUUAGAUUUGAUGGAUUAAUCAAUUAAUGGCAGAAACUGCUUCAGAAAAUGGCUCGAGCCGUCGAAUCUCGGAGGUGGAUUCAGUGGGACAAAGUGGGCACCUAAAUAUUUAAAAAUAUCAUCGAUUCGUGCAUUUUCCGAUCCAAUGAGAUCAUUUUUUCACGACCAUAUGUAAUGAAAAUUAAAUUCUUUGGCUGUUUGCAAAUUGUGCUAGGAUGUUUGAAAGAAAAAUUCAAUCUCAUUUUGCCCCGCAUCCCUUGUAGAAUUUCAUCCUCCCUACGUGCCUAAACAAACACCGAUCAUUAUGUCGAGAAGGCCUCAGUGAUUGAAGAAAUAUCCUCUGCAUUGAUCACCACUCCGACAAAUUUUUAUUUAAUGCAAACGAUUAAUUUUAGCCAGAGGUAUUCAAGUAAUUAUUUAAGUGUGAGUUAUUUCUCUUCGAUAACCGCAAUUUUGUGAUAUAUAAAAUACGUAUACAUAAUAAUAUAUUGUACAGAAAAUGAUAAAAAAAUUAUAUUUGAGGGUAUGACUGGUACUGUGCAACAGAUGAGGGAAAAGCAAGAAUUUUAACGAUUAUUUAUGAACGAUGGGUUGACAAUUUAUGAAUAGCAUUUAAUUGUAUUGAACAACACUAAUUCUAGCGACCCCUUGGUGUUCAAUUGUACUUAUGUGACGUAAAUAAAUGUUUAUAGUAUCAACA